UUAAACUUGUCCUAGCCAUGGCGGUUCACAAAUAUGUGAAUUGCUAUUUAUUAAGGCUAAAUAUUUUAUUGAAGACUUUAUAAAACAAUCAUCGAAAUGGAAUAUAAUAUGUUGAUAUUUUUUAGACAGUUUAACUUGCUCUUGUUUUAUAAUAUCAAUUAGGAGUGACAUAACAAUACAAAGAAGAAGAAUGGCCACUGGAGAUUCAUCCAUUUAUAAGGGAUCUGACCUUAUUCAUGACUUCAGUUGUUCCAAGUGCGAGGAAGAUAAUUUAAACACUGAAGCUCAGCAUUUCUGUCCACAGUGUGAACAUUAUCUGUGUGCAAAGUGUGUGAACAUGCACAAUGGAUAUCAUAAGGCACAUAUUGUUUAUGGUCGUGAAGAUAUUCAGAAAUGGGCGGGGUUUUCCAUGAACAAAUGUGACCAACAUGGGAACAAACUGGAGGCCAGCUGUGAUGAUGACCAGGAAUUGUGUUGCAGUGUAUGUGUGGCUCUUAACCACAGACAGUGUAGCAGCAUCAGUCACCUGCCUGACCUGGCCAAAGGCUUCCUGAAAACAGCAGACUUCAUACAGCUGCCAGCAGCAGUGGACGAAAUGAGGAGCAGACUUGAUGAGCUCAAGAGCACAAGAACGAAAGAUCAAACCUCACUAAAGGACUCGUACCGGAACGUCCUUGCUGAAAUAAAGGCUCUCCGCAAAAAGAUUGACCAGAUUCUGGACCAGCUCGAGAAAAAGACAAUUGAACAGUUGGAUAGUUUGAUGGAAGAUUUAGAGAAAAGUCAAGAAGAAGAUUUGGACAUGUGUGCCGAUAUGCAAGAUCGACUCAAGACCUUGAUUGAUAAACUUCAGCAGGCUACUGGCAAGCACAAAGAGAUUAAUUCUUACAUUGGAUUCACAAAAUGCCAGACCAAGUUGAAUGAAGCAAAGACUGUGGUGCAAGAAAUUCAGAGAAGACCAAAAGAAUGCAUCAGGUUCAAUUCUGAUGAAAGUGUCAAACCCUUUCUGAAAAUCUUCAAUCACAUUGGCUAUGUCGAUAGUGUUUAUUCUAUUCCUAAAAAAACAGAUGUUGGGCAUGUGUAUAAUGCACAAAGUUCAACUUUUUAUUCUGUAAAAAUAGAAAAAGAUCCAUAUUGCUGCAAUAUUGUAGGUAUAUGUGUGUUGCCCAGUGGAGAUCUAGUUAUUGUUGAUCGAAACAACAAGAGAGUGAAGCUUCUGAACGAGCAGUACAAGGUCAUUGGUCACUGUGAUUUUCCUACUCCUCCACAACACUUACUUCACACUGCUGGCGAAGAGAUUGCUGUUGCUGUUAGUUAUGGGUUUUUGAAUGAGGUCCACUUUCUCACGGUGACCAGAGGGCAGCUACAGCCAGGGAGAAAGUUCACCAUAGACCAUAAGUGCUACUCCAUUGCCCACCACCAGGGCCAGCUAUAUGUGGGCUCUAGUGAUACCCUGUACCAGUACACCAUUGAUGGUCAAAUGAUUAGGAAAAUUUAUGAAUACAGCUCUCACCCCUUUUCAGAGUUCAUGUGUGCUGUUAGUCCUGAUGGGGAGAGAAUCUAUGUCACUACUAGUGAUAAAAGUGAAUUAAUAACACUGGAUAAAGGUGGCCAAGUGUUAUCUACAUUAAAAGAUCCUGACCUACGAGCACCAAAUGGAGUAUGUGUAAGCCCCAUUGGUCAUGUGUUUGUGUGUGGGUUUGAGUCUCACACUGUCUUACAGGUGGACAGAGAAGGGAGAAAGAAGCUGGCCACAGUGGCCCGGAAGGCUGAUCGCUUACGUCAUCCUUUGUCAGUGUGCUUCAGUGAACGAACCUCCUGCCUCAUUAUUGGGAAUAAUGACAGUAACAAUAUUACUGUUGUCAAGCUGUAUUGAACUAUGCAUUUUUAAUAAUCAUUAUAUGUAAAUGUUAAUCUGAAUGUAAUAUGAUGUAUUUGUGGCAAUACAGUCUUUUAUUGAUUAUCAUACAUGUGUCACUUAUUUUGACUAUUGCCAUUGUAACUAUUAUAUAGUCCUACAUCAUAUUAGAAUGUAUUUUUAAAUAUACAAUUUUAUAUGUUUUGUA